UUUAAAGGUUUAAGCGUGUGGGCCGCUUUCCUUUCACCUGGUGUCUUUUUGCUUUAUAUUUGAAUUUGUCGCCAGCCAAGCGCGCUGGAAGGUAUAUUUACUGAGCGUCGCUGACAAACUGGAACUUUCACCUGUAUGCGCUCGCUUCACCAGUUGUCAAUCAUCACGCGAUGCUUCUCCUAGCUCUAGCGUAAUCGAUUCUAAGUUAUCGUUUAGCUGAGGUGAGAGUGUCAAUAGGCAUCCGGUCGUAGAGAUGCCCAGUAUAGUAAAACAGGAGUGUAUGGGAAACGGUUUCAUUAGUAAGAUGAAUCAUUCACGGCGUCCACGGACCAAUCGCCGCAAAGUGUGCACACGUCGCCAGUAUUAGCCAUUUUGAUUUUUGUUUCAUUGUUCCAUAGGGAUAGUUCAGCUGUCAGUGAGGCUCACCCGAGUGUUUGCUGUCAGUGGCUCUCUGAUUGCGUACAGAUUUGGGUGAUACUGCGAAAACGGCUGCGUGGUAGAGCGCCGAUUGUAUUGUGCUAUCUUUAAAUGCUAAAGAGGAUUUACCCAGACAUCUAACACGGAUUUGAGGGGCAGUUCACAUCACCAGCAGGAAAACUCUACUGGGAAUGAAUAUGAAUCUAGUGGACGCAAUGUUGUGAUUAGUUAACACUUUGCAGCUUGCUUCAAAGAACCUGUACGUAAUUUUGCUCAACACUGCUCAUUCAGGUCUAGAGCUGGUUAAAGUUAUCGACACUACAAAUUGUUUUACUCGUAAGAGCGUUGCCUGUCGUGCUUGUUCUAAAAGGGAAAACCGGGUUUGACGACGACACGGACAGAUAAUCUUAAUUCUCCCAUAGAGUAUUUAGCAGGUGCUUGGGGAAUAGCACCUCGAGUUAACGCUGGAGACAAUGAGCAACUCGUCGUUGAAUGGGACAUCGAUAGGCCCUGUGUCGUGUCUGAUAGACAACCCGAGCACGGAGACACAAGUUGGCAAGACUCUAGCCUACCUGCUUAUCAUGGUACUAGCUCUCGUCGGGAACCUGUUUGUGGUUCUCAUUGUGUACAAAAAUAAGAGCAUGCAGACGACGGUUAACUAUUUGAUUGUAAACAUGGCGGUCAGCGAUAUGCUUCAAUCAUUCAUCGCAAUACCAAAGCGCGUCAUGGAGAUCUAUGCUGGAUCUCAUCGCUGGCUGAUUCACGGAGUCGCGGGGGAGUUUUCGUGUAAGUCUGUAGCGUUCCUACAGGACAUCGGCACCGCAGUAUCUAUCCAGAGCUUGGUAGUGAUAGCCAUUGAUCGCUUCCUGGGUGUAAUGUUCCCCAUGCGUAAGGCAUCCCUGAUGUCAGCACGCGCGCAUUUUGUCAUCAUCACCAUAACGUGGUUGAUUCCUAUGGCGUUCCACUCGCCUUACUUCUUUACCUUUAGACUCGUGGAUCAAUCGAACAAGACGUACUGCAUCUACUCGUGGGACGUUAUUAGCGAUGGUGCCACACACCAGCUAAACUACUUCCUUGGUGGUUCUAUUGCCUUGUUUUUCUUGCCUCUGGUCAUGUUGAUCAUUCUCUACUCCGUCAUAAUCAUCAGCCUAAGCCGACGUAAGAUACCAGGCAAUAACUCUUUCCGAAACAGACGGCGCGCUGCACAGCGGAGUCGGAGCGUGCUACGUAUGGUAAUAACAGUUGUGGUUGUGUUCGCCAUUUGCUGGUUGCCAUUAAACGUGUUUGGCUACCUGAUGAUGGUCAAAUGGGGAGGUGUUGAAGAACCGCCACCGUGUUUUCUAGAAGACUUUGGAUUUUGGGCGUUAUUCCUAGCGUAUUCUAACGCAGCUAUUAACCCGUUUUUGUACUUCUUGUUUAGUGAAAAUUAUAGAAAGGGGUUCCAGGCGGUGUUUAGCGGAAGAAGUUUAACUUUUUAUUACUCCGUUAACAGUAAGCGAAGAAAUUUAGUGGAUGGCGCGGAGACGUCUGGGAGCGAUACUCGAGAUGGAAUGAGCUUAAAAAGCAUCAAAUCACUCAGUAGAUCCGGUGGUCAAAGCCAAAACCAUUGCUUGCGGCAUGUACUACCCCAGAAGAAAUAGCAAUAAAAGUGCGGAACACAAAUAAUUCUCAUAAGCGAGAAGGGGAUGAGAGCCGGUAUUGCUUAUUUCAGAGAUGAAAAUACUUAAUGCUUAUAAAAAUGAAAAGAAAUGACGACAACAAUUGUCUGCUACGGAAGGCGUCCGUCGAUAAAACAUGCACUGCGCUUUUAGAAUUGUGAUCUAAAGGGGCAUUUAUAAUUGUUUAAAUGCGUAACACAAGAGGUGAGUGCUAAGUUUGGCCCAAUAUGCAGGUCGACUAUCAUGGAUGACGGACGAACCAUUAUUAUGUACCAGAUGCGGCUUGAUAUUUACUGAGAGUGACAGUUAAGGGUCAAUCUUCUCUAAUGCAAUCUAGCAAAAACCUUGUGUUAGUAUGCUGCGUACAACGAGAAAUAUUCGCCACAAAUUUUAAAAACAACACUAUUAGGAGAAGAGCGACGUUUUGUUGAGAACUUCAAGUGCCACGAUCCUUACUCGGAAAUUCGUUUGCAUAGCAACAGGGAAGGCUAGACUGCGUGUAACGGCGUCUUCCUAGUGCAAAUGUCAUAUUACUUGGUAAUACAUUAUCAGUGUUUGCUGCCUGUCUUCCUAUCUGUCAAGUGUAUCAGCCAGACAAGAAGGGAGAUAUUACGAUAGCGUCGCAAUCGGGACUUGAUGUUACUUCUUCAGAAGGUCCGAUGCGCCAAGCAAGGUUUUAAGACACUUAAAUUGAAAUAGUCAAACGAUUGCGAGGAGGCGCCGUGGCCUUCUUUUAGCACUGGAAUUAUUUAGCGAUAUGAUAUGCUUGGAGAUAUUAUUCGAACAUAUCACUUGCGGCCUCUUCAAUAGAAAAAGGCCACAAAGGAAGCCAUAUAGUUUGUUUAUCUUAAGGAUUUUCUCCGUAACGAUUGCCUUCUCGUUAAUAAAUCUAAUUUCGCGUUCGCCUUCUCGGUUCUGGGUUGAUUAGAUUUGUUAAAAUAAUUAGGUGUCCUCAAAGGUCUCAAAGAAAAAUGAUUAAAAAUCUUGUUACAAUAAA